AAUGGAGGAGGUCGGAGCGGGGCGUUUCUGUCGUUGGAUGCCAAUUUGGAGUUGAUGAAGAAGACGGGUCAGAUAGACGUGUUCGAGUACGCGAAGACGAUGGUCAAUUCGAGACCGCAUCUGGUGGACAGUGUCGAUCAGUAUCAGUUCAUUUACGAUUGCUUGGCUGAGGCAGUGCUGUGUAACGUUGAACCGAUAGCGAUGUGGCAGUUGAAAGAGCGGAGUAGUAUGUACAAGGCGAAGCGGGAUCGACAGCUGAUGGAGGCGCAGGAUGCGUACGAGAAUAAGUUGCUGAUGAUGUUGACGCCAACGUUGAGGAUAGGCGAUUGUGCGGGAGGGCAUCGACUCGAGAACAGGGGGAAGAAUAGGGAUGUUAUGGUGGUGCCGCCGGAUCACGCCCGACCCUACCUGCAGACACUGCACGGCGAGAGCAAGGAUAAAGACUACACCUAUAUCAACGCUGUCGAGGUGGAUGGGUUCACGCGCAAGAACGAGUUUAUUGUCACGGAAUGGCCAAAACACUCCACAAUUGACAGCUUUUGGACACUGGUUUUUGACCACAGCUGUCACACAAUUGUCAAUUUGUCAAAUCAGGGUAAUUCCAGGGCGAUAGUCUAUGAGGUGGGUGGUGCUGCUGGGGUCAUGGGUUCGGAUCCGGACUGGGUCAGGAAGAUUUUUGUAAAAAUUUUUUUUAGUGGUAAUGUUAAAUGA